GUUUGCUGCCAACUCCUGCCCAGCUACUGCAGAUGCUUACCUCCUCAACCGGAGACUUUCCUUAAUAAUUGACAUCUAUCCAUGCUUCCCUAGCCAUGGCCAAAGAACACAACUAGCCUGUCGAUUGAACAUAUAUCGUCAUCCGGACCCUCAGUAUAUGGGCAACACCGUCGUUGCUAGCUAAGGCGUCUAGGCUCAAUCAGUGGCUAAGGCCUCAUUUGCGUUAUGAUCAGACACUCGGGAUCAGGUCGCUUUCAAGUUCUUGUGAGUUCAUUUAGGCAACGUCAAUAUCUCCAUUUCCGGAGGUCCUCGAGUACCUCAGCAGUAAUGCCCAUGCCUUUCAACGAUGUGCACAGGAAGCUAGGAGCUGAAGCGAUUCCUUCUUCCAACGACUCCAUGCCUGCUGGAUAUCUGCAUCAAAGCCAUUCGGAAUCGCACAAAUGGACCCGCUCCCAUGCAUCACUCUUCGAUGUUUCGGACAUGGUCCAACAUACCAUCUCCGGACCCCUAGCUGAAGAAUUCCUCAUGACUAUCACACCCGGUGAGAUCAACAAGCUGACCAAACACUCGUCAAUAUUGUCUUGCCUCCUCUCCUUAGAGGGCGGAAUGGUGGACGACGUCGUCGUCACACGUCUUGGCAAUGCGUCCUUCUACUUGGUGACGAACUCCAGGUGCCACGAUUCCGAUCUAUCUUUCCUACGAUCCCAGCUUUCUCGAUUCAUCUCCUCAAAAUGCGCAACCAAGAACGCCGUUGAUUGGAAUGUGCUUGAAAACUACUCCCUUCUGUCCAUACAAGGGCCAUUGUCUUCUGCAAUACUUGAAUCAAUGAUUUUCUCUGACGGGGAUGAUCCGGAGCCAGACUCAUCCCUUUCAACCCUGUACUUCGGUCACUCGCGCUGGCUUCAACUUCACCUUCGCAUGGAGGGUUUUACCACACCUUCUCUUCUAGUGUCGCGCACUGGCUACACCGGCGAAGAUGGAUUCGAGAUAUCAAUCCCUCCUGAAAGGGGCCCUGGUACCGCACUAGUUACAUCCAUCGCUAACGCCAUUACUUCCGACCCCCAGGCGUGCCGCUGGGCAAGCCUGAGGGUGAAGGACUCUUUGCGUCUUGAGGCUGGAUUGUGUCUGUACGGACAUGAUAUCGACCCUGUGACUACGCCUCCUCAAGCUGGGCUGAGCUGGAUGAUACCCGAAGACCGUCGAUUAGAUCAUUCCCCAGCAUUCAAUGGGCGUGAGCUUAUAAUCUCCCAGCUCUCCAGACCGGAUACCAUCUCCGCGCAACUAGUUGGCUUGGUUGUGGAACCGGGCCUUGCGGCGCGAGAAGGGGCACAAAUCGUUGAUCUGGACGAUCCACAGGAGGUGAUCGGGAAUGUCACAAGCGGAGGACCGAGUCCGAGCUUGGGAGGAGUCAAUAUCGCGAUGGGAAUGGUGAGCCUAGGGUGGAAUAUAAAAGGGAUCAAAGUAAGAAUUAAGUUCCGCGGGGAAACCAGAGUAGCGGAGGUGGUAGACAUGCCAUUUGUGGAAAAUAGCCUCUACUUAGGUGGCGAGGGCAACGCUUUCAUGGGAGCUGUUGGCAAGUUAGAAUCGAAGGAGAAUGCCAGACAAACAUAUGACUUUGUCGUCGGCUUUCAAAGUUUCACACCGAGACUCGAGAUUUGGGGUGGCAGAGGGGGAGGAACGAACAGAGAAGCAUGAGUGAACAAGUUCUUGUGUUGGAUAUCAAUUUGUAUGUGUUGGAGGUUCUAAUAUCAGGCCACCGAUUAACACUCCACGCCACUCUGGUAGAAUCGUUCACUUUUCUCCUCACUCUCGCCUGGAAAUUGACAGGAGCAUCCAAUUGUCCUUCACCGAAAUCCUUCUUUCGCUUCUGUUCCGUUUCUGAAUCUACCACUACGUUGGAUGGUACACUCUAACUUUGCGGCUGUUCACCUAACUUUUGCUUCAGAGAUUUAGAACGUGAGAAGUGUACGCAAAUAUCAAUAAACAUCCAGUGAGGAUAGAUUGGUUCAGUGAGGG